AUGGUAUGGCUAGUUGGCGCUGACUUUCUCUGUUGGGCUCCGACGCUGUUUUUUGCGUUCGAUCCGUCUGAAAUCGGAGCCACGCGUUGUCUUGCCGUCGAAGAAGUGGCUACUGUACAGGGAUUUUACCAGAACAUUACCUGCACACCGCAGCCGGACGCCUUCAACCCCUGUGAAAACAUCGUUGGCCUGUGGGUACUUCGAAAGGCAAUUUGGCCCGUUUGUAUGGCAGCGAUUGUUGGCAAUGUCCUAGUAUGGGUCAUACUCGGCCUAGCAUUCGAGAAACGGAUGCGCGUGCACUACCUCUUCAUGAUCAACCUGGCCAUCGCCGAUUUUAUCACGGGGGUCUAUUUGGCUGUCUUGGCAGUGCAAGAUGUGCGAACUGGGGAUGAAUAUUAUAGACACGCGGUCAGUUGGCAGACAGGAUGGAGUUGCAGUAUGGCCGGAUUUUUCGCUGUUUUAUCCAGUGAAUUGAGCAUUAUUUCAAUGUUUUUCAUUGCUUUCGAAAUGGCAUAUAAUACAAGGAAUGCUUUCUAUGGACAGCGUCUACGGUUCCCAGUAGCGUGCGCCAUGAUGGUUGGUGGAUGGGCUUUUGCAUUGAUGAUGGCUGCAUCUCCUUUACUCGGCCUUUCAAGUUAUUCAACGGCUAGUAUAUGCUUGCCAUUGAGGCUAGUCAACAUUGCUGAUCGGGCGUACAUCAUCUUCUUUCUAUUGUUCAACUUAUUCGCAUUCAUCGCCAUGGUAGUCUGCUACGGUUUUCUAAUGUUCAUGCUGAAGGAUCCGAACACCCCAUCACGUGCCGAGGACAACCUCAUCAUAAAGAAAAUGGUAUGGCUAGUUGGCGCUGACUUUCUCUGUUGGGCUCCGACGCUGACUGUCUGCCGCUAUGGGCCUUCCGCUGAUUUCGCUGAGCAGUGCCAAAUUUUUCUUUUGGUGUUCUUCUUCCCGAUUAACGCCUCGGCCAACCCAUUUCUAUACGUGUUUUUCACGAAGAUCAUCCAGCGCAACGUCAGGACAAAAGCGUUGCCGAUGAUACGUCGAAUAACAAGCACGUCUGGAAUGGCUCUGAACACCCUGUCCAAUUUCUACCAUUCGCAACCUCCAGGUCGUCGCGAGGAGGUGGGCAGCCCAACCCGACUAGGUGUCAGCCAAAUGACAUCAUUGAACAGUACACCACGUGGAUCCAACUGCUCUACUCUCCCCAUGGUCGACAUGUACUCCUAUCGUCGCCUCGAGUAUCGUUCCAAGACAAUGUUUCGUACUCAUCUCGGCCAUCUGCUGACUCAACAAGGCCUUCAUUCGGAUGGUCAAAGCGAAUAUCCUCAAUACCGGAGGUGUCGACUCUCGACAUCAAGCGAAAGCCAUAGACGAGGACACUACCAAGCAAGAGCAUCGACGGAAAACCUUCCUCGUUUUGGUCUGAAUCGUUUCGGCUUUGGGCGACAUCGUCAGAGCAGUGGCGGCGUGGAUUCAGGACGUGGAAGCUUGGCAUCCGUCUCAACGCGAGACACUGCCGAACGGAAUUCGCUGGCGAGUAGAGAUGGUGGUGCCGCUGAAGCAGAACCUGACGUCACUGCCAAAUUGAUAUUUCCAUCAACUCCUUCUGAAGCAUCAUCUUCUGGUUCACGGCGAUCUUCAUGGAUGCCUCGUAUUUUGAACCGCCAACGGACACCUUCGUUGAUUCGCCCACAGUUGGUGGUGUCAGAUUACACAGAGAUGAGUGAAGCCACGCCAGAUCUUUAUGAGUUUGUUGUACAUAUUGCUCGCAUCAUGGUGACAACUGCUUGUAAAAAAAGGAUUCAAAGUGUAAUAUGA